AUGGACGAACCACACGCGACCAAAACGAACGACACGCCCCCCUCGACUCCAGCUAACUUAAACCGAGGACGCAACGUUCAGGGCAGGGUUUCUAGAGCAUGCGACACUUGUAGAUUAAAGAAAGCUAAGUGCAAUGGUGCUCAACCUUGCAGUCGGUGUGAGGACCAUGAUGCUAUCUGUAUCUUUGGAGAAAGAAAAACGUCUUUGAAAAAGUGUCCUCCAGAAUAUGUUGAAAUGCUCGAGCAGCAACAAGACUGGUUAACGAAGGGGUUGCGAGAAAUGUAUCGACGGGCUAUUGAAGGCAAGGGCUGGCCCGGUGAACCGCUCGGGCAGAAAGCGGAUGGACACCCUCUGACACAUGAUAUACUCUUUCGCUUGGGUGUUUUGAACAAAGAGGAGAAGCCCGAUAUCAUACAUCCCCCAGAUAUUUUCGACAAUGUGGACACCGUGGAAAAUGUUGAUAUUUCUUAUUCGGUGCAAACCCCAGUACAUGUGCCCUCCGAGUUCUUGUAUGGGGAAUGUUUAUAUCAAGUUCCACCCUCUUUCUCGUUACCACAAUUGGCAGACAACUCUCGACAAACCCCAUGUCUGUCCUCAAGCUACUUUGGCAGUACAGAAUUGGGAAUACCUCAACUGCAACCUAGCUCAGGGCACGUAUCAACCUCGGCUUUCUUUUCUCCCACUCACCGGCUCUCCAUUCUGGAUGGUAUAAGCUUUGGUUCGCCUGAUGAUGACUAUCGAUACCCAGUUGACGAACUCGCUUCAUUUUGUGAGGUAGACUUGGCACGCAGCACUUGA